AUGUUUCUGACAGUGUACCUCAGUAACAAUGAGCAGCACUUCACAGAAGUUCCAGUUACUCCAGAGACAGUGUGCCGGGACGUGGUGGAUCUGUGCAAAGAACCUGGGGAGAGUGAUUGCCACUUGGCUGAAGUGUGGUGUGGCUCUGAACGUCCAAUUGCUGAUAAUGAGCGGAUGUUUGAUGUUCUGCAACGAUUUGGAAGUCAGAGGAAUGAAGUUCGUUUCUUCCUUCGCCAUGAACGCCCCCCUAGCAGGGACACUGUGAGUGGACCAAGGCCUCAGGAUCCAAGUUUAAAAAGAAACGGUGUAAAAGCUCCUGGUGAACAUCGGAGAAAGGAGAAUGGCAUUAAUAGUCCUAGGAUGGAUCUGACUCUUGCUGAACUUCAAGAAAUGGCAUCUCGCCAGCAGCAACAGAUUGAGGCACAGCAACAAAUGCUGGCUACAAAGGAACAGCGCUUAAAGUUUUUGAAACAGCAAGAUCAGCAUCAACAGCAGCAAGCUGCUGAGCAGGAGAAGCUUAAAAGACUGAAGGAAAUAGCUGAAAAUCAGGAAGCUAAGCUAAAAAAAGUGAGAGCACUUAAAGGCCACGUAGAACAGAAGAGGCUAAGCAACGGGAAGCUGGUGGAGGAAAUUGAACAGAUGAACAGCUUGUUUCAGCAAAAGCAGAGGGAGCUUGUUCUGGCUGUGUCGAAAGUCGAGGAGCUUACAAGACAGCUGGAGAUGCUCAAGAAUGGCAGGAUUGAAGGCCACCAAGACAGCCAGUCUGCUGUGGCUGAACUGGAUCGUCUUUAUAAGGAACUACAGUUAAGAAACAAAUUGAAUCAAGAGCAGAACGCCAAGCUUCAGCACCAGAGGGAGUGCUUGAAUAAGCGUAAUUCAGAAGUGGCCGUCAUGGAUAAGCGAGUCAAUGAGCUCAGGGACCGGCUGUGGAAGAAGAAGGCGGCUCUCCAGCAAAAAGAGAAUCUUCCAGUUUCAUCUGAUGGGAGUCUUCCCCAGCAAGCAACGUCAGCGCAGAGUCGAGUGGCUGCAGUAGGUCCUUAUAUCCAGUCAUCUACUAUGCCACGGAUUCCCUCAAGGCCUGAACUCCUGGUGAAACCAGCCCUGCCUGAUGGGGGCGUGGCCAUGCAAACUUCAGAGGGGCCGAUGAAAAUACAGACACUGCCCAAUAUGAGAGCCGCGUCACAAGCUAAAGGCUCUAAACUUCAUCCAGUUAGCCUUGAUUGGAGUCAUUCAAAUGCAGAGCUUUUCCCAAGCCAGAGCUCUGCUUCUGUACCAAAGAGCCCUGGGAACACUCCAGAACAAGCUGAUGAUGGGGAGGUUCUGCUGAGGGAGAAGGAGAAGAAAGUGCGGCCCUUCUCAAUGUUUGACACAGUAGACCAGUCUGCUGCCCCACCUUCCUUUUGUACUCUGAGGAAAAACCAGAGCAGUGAAGAUAUCUUGCGGGAUGCUCAGGCUACAAAUAAAAAUGGUGCUAAAGUACCACCUCCUGUUCCUACAAAGCCUAAACAGAUUAAUUUGCCGUAUCUUGGACAAAGUAAUCAGUCUCCAUCAGACGUUAAGGCAGAUGGCAGUCCACAGCAGUUCUCCACAGCUGUUUCAUCUGCGGGAAAUAAACUGAAGACGGCAGGACUGCAGCAGCAGAGGGUCCUGCUGUCUCCCACUGUGCCUUCCGUUGGUCAAGACCAAACCCUUUCUCCAGGUUCUAAACAAGAAAGUCCACCUGCUGCUGCGGUCCGGCCCUUUACGCCUCAGCCUUCCAAGGAUACCCUCCUCCCACCCUUCAGAAAACCGCAGACCGUGGCAGCCAGCUCAAUAUAUUCCAUGUACACCCAGCAUCAGGCUCCUGGGAAAAACUUCCAGCAGGCAGUGCAGAGUGCGCUGACCAAGACAUACUCCAGAGGGCCACACUUUUCGAGCGUAUAUGGCAAGCCAGUGAUUGCUGCUGCCCAAAACCAACAGCAGUACCCAGGGAACAUUUAUUCCAAUAACCAGGGCAAGCCUGGCAGCCCUGAACCUGAAUCAGAGCCUGUUUCUUCAGUUCAGGAGAACCAUGAAAAUGAGAGAAUUCCACGUCCACUCAGCCCAACCAAGUUACUGCCCUUCCUAUCCCAUCCUUACCGAAACCAGAGUGAUGCUGACCUAGAAGCCCUACGGAAGAAACUGUCGAAUGCACCCAGGCCACUAAAAAAACGUAGCUCUAUUACAGAGCCCGAGGGUCCCAAUGGGCCAAACAUUCAGAAACUUUUGUACCAGAGGACCACCAUAGCUGCCAUGGAGACCAUCUCUGUCCCAUCAUACCCAUCUAAGGUAGCUUCGGGGACUGCCAGCUCAGAAAGCCCAGUCGAGAUCCCAAAUCCAUACUUACACGUGGAACCAGAGGUGGAGGUGGUCCCUCUAGUUCCUGAAGCAGUAUCCCCAGAGGAAGCAGGGAAUGCCAGCACAGAGACAAAUGAUGUGCCACCUCCUUCUCCGCGAUGUGACUAUGUGUCUGAAGGAGCCCCAGACAGCAGCCCGAAUCUCCAAAAUAACUUGGAAGAACCAAAUCCAGAGACGCCCCAGCUGCUUGAAGUGUACCUGGAGGAGUACCCCCCAUACCCACCCCCACCAUACCCAUCGGGGGAACCUGAAGGGCCGGGAGAAGACUCAGUGAGCAUGCGUCCCCCUGAGAUCACAGGGCAGGUUUCUCUGCCUCCUGGCAAAAGAACAAACUUACGUAAAACUGGAUCUGAACGAAUUGCUCAUGGAAUGAGGGUGAAAUUCAAUCCCCUUGCUUUACUUCUAGAUUCAUCUUUGGAGGGAGAAUUUGACCUUGUACAGAGAAUUAUAUAUGAGGUUGAUGACCCGAGUCUGCCUAACGAUGAAGGCAUCACCGCGCUUCACAAUGCUGUGUGCGCUGGCCACACAGAGAUUGUCAAGUUCCUGGUGCAGUUUGGUGUGAACGUGAAUGCUGCUGAUAGUGAUGGGUGGACCCCAUUACAUUGUGCUGCCUCGUGUAACAAUGUCCAAGUGUGUAAGUUUCUGGUGGAGUCUGGAGCUGCUGUAUUUGCUAUGACCUACAGUGACAUGCAGACCGCUGCGGACAAGUGCGAGGAGAUGGAGGAGGGCUACUCGCAGUGCUCCCAGUUUCUCUAUGGAGUCCAGGAGAAGAUGGGCAUCAUGAAUAAAGGAGUCAUUUAUGCACUUUGGGAUUAUGAACCUCAGAAUGAUGACGAGCUGCCCAUGAGAGAAGGAGACUGCAUGACAAUCAUCCGCAGGGAAGAUGAGGAUGAAAUCGAGUGGUGGUGGGCACGCCUGAAUGAGAAGGAGGGAUAUGUUCCACGCAACUUGUUGGGACUAUACCCAAGAAUUAAACCAAGACAAAGGAGCUUGGCCUGAAACGCUACAGAAUAUUUGUUAAUGAAGAAAUAAUUUCUGUUAUCACUAAGAAGUAAUACAUUGAUGACUUUUUGG